AUGGCCUCCUCGCCUGCCUCGCUACAGUCCCUCCCCGACAACGCAUCCGGCAGCGCGCCCAGCAUGCCCACCGAGGCGCCUCCCCGCUGCUUUGUCUGCCAGAUGGACCAAGAACCCGCCGACGACCCCAACGACUGGGUGUCGCCCUGCCCCUGCACGCUCGAAGCCCACCAUGACUGCAUCUACUCGUGGGUGCUCGACUGCGAACGCAACAACAAGCCGCUUCGCUGCCCGAUAUGCCAGGCGCGCAUCGAACUCGAGGGGCCGUGGGAUCCCAUCGUCAGCAUCUCGGACAAACUGGAACGGGCAUUCACAAGGGCGAGCCCGGUGGUGCUGUUCACCGGGCUGAGCUUGGGGGUGCAGGUUGGCGCGCAGGUGUACGGUGCCAUGGCCUUCUGGGCGUUUGCGGGCCGCGAAGAGCUCACAAAGUUCCUGCUCGGGCCGAAUAUGAUCUUGGAUGGGAGGAGACCACAGGGCCACUAUCUGAGGAGGGUCGGUAACGCCGUCGUGCUCAUGAACAUUGCGCCCGUGCUACUGGUCAGCCAGCUGCUACCGUCCCUGGCCAAUAAGCUUUUCUUCCCGCUGGCCUCCCUGUACGGUACGUGGCACGCGGCGCACACCAAGAACUUUUUCAGCUGGCCUCCCUCGCCGCAGCUGGCUAUCGCCAUGUUCCCUCAAAUCCGGGGCAUCUACUACUCGCUAUGGCGCGAGUUCGUCUUCCCCUACGAGCUCAAGCUUCACAGGCAGAUUCAAGGUCUGCCGCCACUAGAGGAACGCGGCGAAAGAAAUGGUAACAACAGGCAACGGGAGAGAAGGCAGGCAGAGGGAGGCGGUGUGUUGGGCUUCCUUCAGCAGCUGAUUGACGCAUUGGACCCAGAGGACGGGGGCAACGGGAACGACGCCAAUGUCCAAGCUGGACGUGAAGGCGGAGAAGCCGAGGCCGAGCAGGAUGGAGGGGAUGUGGAGGUGGCUGAAUACGUGGUAGAGCUGGACAUUGGCUUUGGCGGUGAGGACGGCAACGCGCCAACGGUGCAAGUACGCGAAGAGCGGGCGGAUGGCGAGCAGGCGGUUGAAGAGCAAGGGGACGACCAACAUCACAACGAGCCCGUCAACGAGGCGCAACAAGAACGGCCUGGAAAUCACGAGGCGCCACCCGCUCCUCCUGCGCGUGGCGGAAUCGGUCAGCUACUGUCCUUGGCCUCGAAUGCAGUGGUCAGUGCUCUGCUCCUCCCGGGCGUCUGCUUCGUCAUGGGGGAGGCGUUGCGCGCCAUUCUUCCCCGGUCAUGGACAACGAGCUUCAUGGAGCGCACGUGGAGGGGCUUCACGGUCAAGAGGACAGGCAUGCUCCAGCAACAAUGGGGCCGAAGCUUGGUGGGAGGAUGCAUAUACGUAGUCGUCAAGGAUGCCGUGAGAGUAUACGCCAAGUCACGCAAGGUCGCGGCCAUGAACAAACGGAGGGUCAAGAACGUGGACCGAUCAAGAAGGGGGUCGCCUUGA